UUCAUGUACUAAGAUACGCUUUAGAAGCAUAACUAUCGCCAUACAUAUCUGUACGGUGGUUAUCAGUUUCGAUCUCAUCAUACAUAUUAGUAUUAGUAUUAUUUGUACACUUGUACAAAUUUCAAUUCAAAGUAUACAUUUUAAUUUAGCGACACGUGAUUUUUAUUGUAUGGGCAUACAAUAGAUCUUUAUAAGUAUAAAGUGUGCAAUGGAAACUAGAAGAGAGGUUACGAAAUAAGUGAGGGCAUUAGUAUUUUUAGAGAUUGCAUGGAAACCUGUUUAGAAUCUUGCGUUUGAACGUUAUCGUGUCAACAUGAAAUGGUCGUGGGGGUUAAUUUAUAUUAUUAUCAAUGUUUCCGCUGUUAUUUCGAUUGUUCGCUGCGAAGAUGAAUUCUAUUUUGAAGGUGCAAAAAAUUCGGAGAAAAUACUAGACCCCCAUUCCUUUUAUUAUGACAGACAAAACAAGAAGAUGAUUGAAGUACCGGAUGCAGAAGUGUUGGAAGAUCCCAUAGAUGAUAAAAUUGAGAAAGAUUGCAAAUAUGUUAAGCAAUUUGACAAUUUCAGCGGUCAAGAGGCAAUUUUUUAUAAGAGGCUUAUUAAUUUAUUACUAUCAAACAUUAACAUAAAAAUGGAGGAUGAUGUGUCAUUGGUAGGAUUAUUGGAAAUUGAUGUAUCUCAUUCCCAAAUGAAAAUGCUGCAAAAUUUUGAUAUUCAAAAGGUAUCUUUGAGGGAGGUUGAUGAAAUUAUGAGUAAUAUAAUAAGAAAACCAUCUUCGUACAAUUACAUGGCUGAAGGUGUAAAUGUCUUUAAUGUGUUACUUGACAAGUUUGAGAUGAUCCUACAAGUUAUACGAAACAAUCCUGAUGGAGCUUUAAUUGUGUUUGCAAUGUUAAUGGUUUGUCUUACAUUUAGAAUGAUUAAACAGGGUCAUGGAUUUCCUAUGUUCAUCAUUAUACAAGUCAUAUUUGUAAUGAGUUUCUUGAUGACUUGGUGGCAACUUUUACAGGAGGCUGAAAUUAAGUCUACUGCAGAGCAAAUGAAAUUUGCAGACAUACCAAUUUCAUGCCAGCCAACUAAAAUGAACAUGUGGGAAAAAUUUGCUUCAUAUAUAUUUCCUAAUGAAGAUUGUGAAAAAUAUUUCCAAGCGACAAUGUCUAAUCCAAAAUUAAAAGUUACACCUGCACUUGCGUUAUCUCAUUUUAUUACUACUGUUAUUCUUCAUCCACUCACGCAUGUGGGAACUGUUGUGUCUAGUUUUAUAAAUAAUGCCACAGCUGAUCUUUGGUGGACAUAUGCAUGGAUUGUUAGAUGUAUACUCUAUUCAGCUGUUGGUAUGGUUAUAAUAAUAUUGCCACUUAGUCUAUCUGGCGCGUCUAUUAAUCUAGGUUUAGGGCCAUUAUUAAAAUUCGGAAUUAAUUUUCACAAAAGAGAUAGAACAGGUAAUUCAUUACAAAAUGUAGAAAAACGUGAACCCGUGCAAAUAAUUCUUCAGGUACCUCCAGGCAUCAACGUGCCGGCAAUAAAAGAUGUAUCGGAGACUGAAGAAACAAAAAAAGACUUAUCUGGUGGAGAUACGAUAACAAAUACUAACGCGAAAACCGAUGAUAAAAAUCUCGAGUGCAAAACGAUUAAUGUAGAUGAAUCAAAGAGAAUCAAUGAAAGCGGGGACAAUUGAUAUUAUAUAUUUCGUGAUCUCUCGUGAUCUCUCGUGUUAAUGUGUUUCUCAAUGUACAUAUGUUGUUACAGUAUUAAGUGUGUAAUGUUAACAAAUAUUUAAUAUAAGUCAACGUUUUGUAUUAAAAUCACUGCGAAUU